UACACUUAAGGCUUUCCGACUCUAAUAAUCUUCGUCUUAUUACGCCUUAUUUCGUACAUUGUCGGGAUUCCGCGCUUUGCCGAGUACCGGCGUAAACUAGAUAUAACCGGUCCCGGCUCCGCUGUAUGAAAGACGUAAAUAUCGGGAACCAGGCGGUAGCCUCGUUUUCAAAAGUAGAAUGGCUGCGCCCGUGAGAGAUAAGUACGGACGAUUUUUUAAGUUAAAACGGGGUGUUUGUGAAAAAUUACGGACUAAUAGAAAUAUUAUAGAAGACCACAACUACGUCGUGGGUAAUCCGAACACUUCGGGUGACAUUAAUAUUCCAGGAAUACCGGAACAAAGGAAAACAAACAAAUUUUUCAACAACAAGUGGAGGGAAGGUAGACGUGUGGUUGAAUUUGGUGUUUUAUUGGAUAAUCUAAAAGUCUGUAAAGAAUGUGGGUUAGGGCCUGUGCCUCUUACUGCAUAUAAUGUUAUCGGUGAGCAGAAGAAAGGACUGUCAGGGUUUUUGUACGUGAUAUGUCAAAAUGUGGACUGUGCAGCUGUGAACCGUGUGACAUACGGGAAAACACACCGAAACAAACAAAAAGGCAUGCCAUGUUUUGCUGCAAAUACUAAACUUGGGACAGCAAUGAUAGACAGUAUUGGGGGCCCAGAUCGUGUUAACAACAUUUUCGCCACAAUAAACAUCCCAACUAUAAGUCACUCCAACUUAAAGAAGAUGGAAACUCGGGCUGGAGAAACAGUACAGAAGAUUUCUGUUAAGUCAUCAGCGGCAGCUGCCAAAAUGGCCUUCAAGCAGGAAAUGGAUGAGGUUUCACAAAAAGAGACUGAUGAGGCAAAGCAGUCUAUAGACAGUCUAAUUGAAGACCUUGGAAUUGGAGCAAUGCCAGAUGCAUCCCCUCAUACAAAGGAGGUGCUGCGACAGUCCUGUGCCAGUGCCGAGGCUGACAAAGGUGAUGGUAAUUGGAGUGAUUUAGGCGACACACCCAUCAAUCAGGAACGAGUUACCAGAAGACAAAAUUCCCAACCUGACGGCUGUAGAAAGAUCUCUUGUGAAAGAGCCAAAAUUCGCCUUCAAGACAAAUUUCAGUGUAGGACCAGACUUGGAAUGUCCUGUUCAGUUGACACCGCCUGGCAAAAACGUGGAUUUGAUAGUUUAACCUCACACACAUUCUUCAUGUCAAAGUCAAAGUAUGGGAAGAAGGUUCUUAAGUCAAUUGUAUCACACAGGGUUUGUGGAACGUGUAACUGGUGGGCACGCAACCGUAAGGGUCAAGCAGUCAGACCUCACCUGUGUGUUAGAAACCAUCGUGGGAGUGCCAAACUGAUGGAAAGUGUCAGUGGGGAGAAAGGAGUGCAGGAACUGAAGGAUGAAGGAACUCCGAUAGAAUAUGUUGAAGGAGAUGGUGACAAUACACUCAUAGCUAGAGUGAAAAACAAUCUAAAUAUACAUCUAAAAAAGAGAUUUGACAAAAAUGUUGGAAAACAUCUCUUCAGUCUUCAUCACUCUAAAAAUGUGAAAAUCAGUAAAAUUACUAUCCUCCAUCUUCAAAAGUGUUUAAAAUAUGCUUUUGCAAAAAAUGCUGGUGAUAAGGAUGCUCUGAGAGAAAACUUGAAUGCUUUAGUUCCGCAUCAAUUUGUGAUCACAGUAUGUGCCAUCCUAGAUUCUGUGGGGAAAGUUUCAAUAAGAGCGCCUAAGAGCUUCCAUUAUGGGAACACUAAGUCUCUUGACUAUAGGGUCCACGCUACAGCAGCUUGCAUCAAUGAAGGAAGACAUUACAUCGCAGAGUUGUCUCAAGUUACAGUUACACGUUCCAGAUCUACAUGCAUUCUGGUCUCAAUUUGGACAAAGGAUAAGAAAGACAAUAGAGCAAAUGUAGAUGCUGGCUUGUCCCCUGGGGUCCACACACUCAAGCAUGCUGAAAAGUGCCAGAAAAAUCGUGAGCGUGUCCAGGCCAAAAUGGAACUUCCCUCAACGAAAAGACGCCGUUUGGAGUUGAAGAAAGAGCGGGCGGUGAACCAGGGUGCCCAGGAGGUGUUGGAAGGAGUCUCUUAUCAGUCUGGAAUUGGCCAUGAGACCAAUGCAGAUAUAGAGGCUAUUCCAGCCCCAAUACCCAAAGGAGACUUCAAACCUAUUCAGCUCACAAACCCGACAUUGGUGACGUUUGAUCUGGAGACGACAGACCUUAUUCGUGGACAUUGCCUGCCACAGAUAACGCAGAUAGCAGCGUCAGAUUUGGCUGGAACCCGUACAUUUUCUCAGUAUGUUCUACCGACAGAACCCAUAUCUGCUGGGGCUAGGCAAGUCACUGGCCUCUCAGUUGAUGGCGACCGUCUAUUACAUCUUGGACAACCGGUAGAAGCAACAGAUAUAAAGUCGGCCCUACAACUAUUUACUGCCUGGGUGAAGAAAAUUCCAAACUGUGUUCUAGUUGCACACAAUGGUAAAAAAUUCGAUUUUCCGGUAAUUGUAAUUGCAUUGAACUGUGCAGGUGUAUAUGAUAUGUUUGUUGACGGAACAAAAGCACUGGUUGAUUCUCUUUCACUUUUCCGGAAGGUGAUUCCAGGAAGGAAGUCAUACAAGCAGGAAGACCUGGUACAUGACAUUUUGAACACCUCAUAUGGGGCACAUGAUGCUGCAGAAGACGUGCAUGCUUUGGGCAGUCUUAUUUCCCAUUUGGACGUUGACAACAAGACAGUAUUGACUCAAAGUUUUAGUGUAAGUGCAGUUUGUAAGAACAUGUUGUUCAACAAGGAGAAAGCCAAAAAUCUUCCAUCGUUGUCAGUGCUUCUAUACAAAUCCAUAUGCAAAGCACCUACGGCUGAAAAUAUAGCAGGGUCUGGUUUGAGUUUGAACUUGCAACAUCUUGAAGCUAUAUACAAGCGUGAUGGAGAGGAUGGCCUUACAAAUACUUUCAUAAUGAAAAACAGUGAGGGCCAACCGCGUGUUACGGCAGCGAAACGGAUUUUAGAUUCUGUGAUCCCUAAACUAGUAGAGUUUUUCAAAGAAAAGAAACUUUAA